GGCUGGGACUCCUAGCAGGUGGCUGCUCGGCGAUGGCUUCACUCCGGCGGCUGUUUGGCGAUGGCCUCAGCGACGGCUUCGGCAGAUGUUGCGAUGACACACACGAGGGAGCAGGCAGCAACAACGGGCGGGGAACACGAGGGAACUGGCAGCAAGGACAGGUUGACACUAAUCGACCGCUUUAUGAGAGACAUUGGUUUAAGGCAAACAUCUGGAUCGCUAUUUUUAGCUUCAAUGUCAACUACUUUUUUACGCACUACUUCUAUACAGUUCUCGGAGCUCGGUACACUUUUCCAUCAUGGAGACUGAACAAUGUACCAAUCCCUCUGUACUUUAUGACACAUCCCUACUUCUGUUUCUAUCACACGAUCUCCAACAUGUUAUUGCGGCGGCUACGACAUGCAAUCUCCACUGUUGGAUCACGAUGUACUCGAUGGGUAAUCCAAGCACUCUUCAUCAUCGUGCUGUCCUAUAUUACAGCAGCUAUGGAGGCCAUCACCAUAGCAAAUUUCCCUUAUUAUGACUUUGUUGAUAGGUGGAUGAUGUAUACAGUGGGAUCACUGUUUUAUGCCAUGUACUUCUUCAUCAGCUAUCCGAUGUACAUCAGGUUGGAUGAGAAGCCCAAUGAGCCCUGGACGGUCUGGCAGUCUGUGGUAGAUUCAAUGGGCGUGGCGAUGAUCGUCCUCAUUAUGCUCGAUUUCUGGAGGAUUGGCGUGGGUCCGAUUGUUGAUAUCCCUGGCGUAGCGGAAUGUGGUGACUGUGUAAAGCAUCACAGCCUCCCUUGGCUUUCAUUAUAAUAAUGAUAAUAAUGUAAUAAAAUAUAAGCAUGGUUCUCCUUCACUCCUGUAGAGUACAUGUGCUUUUGCAGACAGU